GACGCCAAGGGUUGGCUUGGCAACGCUAGGUUGUUGUAGCAUUGCUGCGGUGGUUUGCUGCGUAUUAGACUUCUCCAGGGGUUCGCAUCUGUGUUGUUUAGUAUUCACUGACGAUGUUUGAUGCCCUCCUUCACUCUUUGGGUGCGAAAGUGGUCGUGGCCACCUCCAACGAUGAGAACCACCCGUCAGAAAACAUAAUUGACGGAAACACAAAAACCUUCUGGAUGUCCACCGGGAUGUUUCCUCAAGAGUUCAUCAUUCGCUUUGCUGAAAUGACAAAUGUUUCUUCAGUGACAUUUGACAGCUACAACGUCCAACACCUACAAGUGGAAAAGAACACAUCAGAGAAUGCCUCUCACUUUGAGUUUGUGGCGGAGAAAGAGUUCAAACACACCGAGGGACAUCUUCAGUCAAAUUCUAUUUCGCUAAACGGAACCACUGCAACUCACCUUCGCUUUAUCAUCGCCUCAGGAUAUGAUCACUUUGUUUCGGUGCACAGAGUCAGUGUGCAGAAGUGACACGCGCUUUUGCUGGUAUGCUCAGCAUUGUCAACACACUCACACAUUACAUGAUAUUUUGGAUUUAUUGUCACUGUCCAAUGAAAAUUGUGUACUUUAACUCCAAUUUAACAUUUUUAUCUUUUGGACCCGCAAUAAGAGGCUGUUCAAAACUAGGAAGACGAAUUUUGAUGAUCAUUAAAAUGAGAUAUUUUUCAUCACAGAUGUGAUUCAUAACUGCAAUUGAGAGAUUUGUUGUGUUUGAUUGAUGUAAAUUGUGUUGCAAGAUGAGGACAGGAAGUGAAUAUAUGUGUCAGUAAUUGCAACAAAAUGGAAAAGGAGUGGGAUUAAAUAAGCUUGGCUUCUUCCUACUCCUUUUUGAACAUGUUGUGAAGCAGUGGCGGGGCGUGCGUUUCCCACCUAGGCCUUCAGUGAUGUCUGACUUCAAAGAAUACCUCUCAAAAUACCAUAUUUUUUGUCAUCACAUGACCAUUGCUGGAGAAAUACUAUACUAUAUUAUGUUGUCCCUAUACCAAUAUUUUGGUACCGGUACCAAAAUUAUUUAGAUACUUUUCGGUA